UGUCCAGCUAAAGAGGAUGCUGUGGCUGCAGGGUUAGCAGUGUUAGCUCAUGCUGGCUGCUUCUCCAGAAAUCGUGUUUGCUCAAGGACGCAUAGGAACUCUGCUGCAGAGUGCAUGGAGCUCGGGUUUCAGGGCACACGUCUCUAUUGCCUGGUUCCUCUUUUCCUUUCCUUCCUGUUUCUUCCUUUCCCCGGUUUCAGUCGGCUGUUCACAGUAUUUGCAUAUCCACAUGAACAGUUUUCAAGCUUGGGAGUCUUUAUUCUGACUGUGGGGAUCGGGCCUCUGUCUGUGGCCCGGAGAGUUCCACCCCGUGGUUUUAAAUUCUCACGCUGUACUCCCAGAGGCUCUUUGCCCACUUAAUGCCUCUGCACCUUCUAGUUGAUGGUGGGAUAAUUAUCACCAUUCUUAUUUCUUGUUUAUAAGAAAAAAAAAAUUAAGAAUGACGUAGGUUUUCUGAAGAAAGCAGAUCUCAUCUCAAUAUGGCUUCUCCGAACAUUUACACAGAUGUGAACUUCAAAGUUCAACCUGUCUCCUCAGGCACUGUCUCAGACUCAUCUUCAGCUCCUCCAAAGAAGACCACCAUUCACAAAAGUAGUCCUGGCUUUCCCACGCUGCUUCUUGCCUCAUUGAUAUUUUUCCUGCUGAUGGCAAUCUUAUCCUCUGUUGCUCUGAUCAUUUUGUUUCAAAUGUAUUCUGAUCUCCUUGAAGAAAAAAAUACUAUGAAACAACUGAAUCACACAAAAUUGGAUUGUAUGAAAGACCACGCAUCUGCGGAAGACAAAGUCUGGAGCUGUUGCCCAAAGGAUUGGAAGCCAUUUAGUUCCCACUGCUACUUCACUGCGACUGACUCAGCAUCUUGGAGUGAGAGUGAGGAGAAGUGCUCCAGCAUGGGUGCUCAUCUGAUGGUGAUCCACAGCCAGGAAGAGCAGGAUUUCAUCACCAAGAUCCUGAAUCCCAAAGCUGCUUAUUUUAUUGGGCUUUCAGAUACAGGUCACCGACAGUGGCGCUGGGUUGAUCAGACACCAUACAAUGAAAGUGCCACGUUCUGGCACCUGGGUGAGCCCAGCAGUGACAAUGAACAAUGUGUUAUAAUAAAUCAUCAAUAUUCUGGUUGGGGCUGGAAUGACGUCCCUUGCAGUGGUAAACAGAAGUCAGUUUGUCAGAUGAAGAAAAUAUACUUAUGAAUCAAGCAUUCUCCAUGGACAAGGACUGCAUUUUUAUCCAGCAUUACACAGACACCUGGAAAGAUCUCCUUGUGGAAGAGAUGUCCAUAGAAAUUUAGGUAGGCAACCAACAGUUAUCCAUAUGAUAAUACUGGUCCUCAUAUAUACUUAUUUAUUCAUCCUUUACUCUUUAUAUAAUGAGAAUUUCCCAUAUACCAGAGACUCUACAGGAUCCCUUUGUGCAUAUGUGGAAGGACUCCAGCCUCUGUGUCCAUUCUUAGAUUCAUAAAGUCUCAUUUGAUGAUAGAAUUGUAUGGUGUGGUCCCUCUAGCCAUUUCCCUGUCUCUUUGUUUCUCUGUCUUUGGAUUUAUUGAUGUAUACUUAACAAAUAAAUCAUGUAUAUUUACAUUA